CGACGCAAUCCACGUAAUGGCCUACGACUUGCGCGGCAACUGGGCCGGCUUCGCCGACGUCCACAGUCCCCUGUACAAGCGCCCGCACGACCAGUGGGCCUACGAGAAGCUCAACGUGAACGAUGGCCUUCAACUCUGGGAGGACAUGGGCUGCCCGGCAAACAAACUUGUCGUCGGCGUGCCGUUCUACGGGCGCACCUACACCCUCAGCCAGAGCAACAAGAACUACAACCCGGGAACUUACAUCAACAAGGAAGCUGGUGGCGGGGAUCCUGGAAAAUAUACCGGAGCCAAAGGGUUCUUGGCUUACUACGAGAUCUGUACAGUCGUCGAUGACCCCAACUCUGGCUGGACGAAGAAAUGGGACGACCACGGACAAGUUCCCUAUGUCUACAAGGGAACGCAGUGGGUGGGUUACGAGGACCCCAAGAGUCUGCAAAUCAAGAUGGACUGGGUUAAAUCCAAGGGGUAUGCUGGAGUGAUGUCAUGGGCCAUUGAUAUGGAUGACUUCCACGGGCUUUGCGGCAGGAAGAACGAUCUUAGUUUGAUUUUGCACGAGAAUAUGGUCAACUACGUGGUACCGAGACCGCAAUAUAAUACUACUCCAAGGGUGAGGAUUUCUUUUUCCUUUUUCGGAAAUCUCUUUUUUUUCUUUUUAAUAUAGACGAUCAGUUUAAAGAA